GUCGUCGAUCCGGCUGGAUCCUGUUGCGGUGCCGCUGGCGCUGCUGGGAUGGUGGAGGGAGGGGAAGGGGGGUCAGGCGGGCGCGCUUGCCUGUGCGCAGGAGUGAGUGAGUGAGAGUGAGAGAGAGCCCGACCGCCAGUGGGCUGGAGGACGAAGUCGCCGUCAGCCGCGCGAGAAAGAGCGCUCUUCGUGCCCGGCGCUCGGGAGUUCCAAUAACCAUUUAACAACACAAGCCCAGGGAAAAGCCAUGCCGAAGAGAAAGGUGAACGUUGCUGAAGAGGAGCCAAAGAGGCGAUCAGCACGACUGUCAGUUAAACCUGUCAUUGCCAAAGUAGAAGCAAAGCCAAAAAAGCCCGCUUCGAAGGACAAGUCUGAGGAAAAGAAAACCCAAACUAAAGGGAAAAGGGGACCAAAAGGGAAACAAACUGAAGAGAUUAAUGACGAGGAAAUAAAGGAUAACUUGCCUGCAGAAAAUGGAGAAGCUAAGACUGAGGAGACUCCAAUUUCUGAUGCUGCAGGAGAGAAGGAAGCAAAAUCUGAGUAAUGUCUUUGUACAAAGUCUUUAAUCAGUGGUUCCUGUACCACCAUCCUGUACAAUUCAGAGGAUUAUUUUUAUCAACUAUUUUGUAAAUGCAAGUUUUUUAGUGGUUUUAGAGAACACAUUUUUAAACAUGGGGGGAAUGUCCUCCAUAUCCCAUUUAAUAUAGGUGAGUGUAAAUGCUUCCCUUUACAAGAUAAAAAUCACGUUCUGGUUGUCUACUCUCUGCAACCAACAAUUAAUGGAAUGUUAGAUAAUGGGUAAAUUUCAAAAUAUUGAUUACUUUCAGUUCAAUCCUUUGUGUGAUUUCUGAGAAGUGAGUUCCACUCGUUUUAGUGGCACUUACUCUUUCAUAAGCCGCAUUGGAUUCCAGCCUUAACAUUCCACAGGCCAGGGUGGGCAACUUGCAAUUUACAUGUGGCCCUUGAAGCUAUCUUUAUGCAGGAUUUUAAUUGCCGUGGAUUUAGCUUGGUUUCUUUAGAUGUCGAGCCCUCACAUUUUCAAAGAAAUUGAAACAUAAUAUGAAAAACAUGCUUAGUACAGUGGGCUCUGCAUCCAUUGCAUUCACUGACUGUGAAUGUUGUGUCCUUAUUAUUUAAACCUAUGUUUUUCCAAAUUUGAAUGGGGUUCCAAAACUGAACCUCCGCAGACACACUGGGCCCACUGUGUGCAGAGCACAGAUAAAAUUUUGACUUCCUGACAAGUAGGAAUUUGUUUUCACAUUUAACACUUACCUCCCUAAUUUGUCAUCAUUAGAAUGCUUCCUCAAUGAAAACUGCUCCCUGGUGUUUGAUCUCCCUUUCAGAUUUGUUUGGGCUGUGGCAGAGUUAUUUUUGGUAGUGGUAGUUUAUUUUUUCAACAGCUUUGUAAUGUGUUGUGAAAGGUUGAAAAUCUUGGUGUGUAGUGUGUGCGGUGUUCAAUUACUAAGUAAACAAAUUUUGGGGUAAAGCAGAUGUGACUUCACAAGACAGUAUUUUAGACAGUGGUACUUUUUCUACUUCUCCUUUGAAUUAAUGGUCUAUUAAAGAAUUGUCAUAAGACAGUGGUUUACAUUCAUUUACUGGACGAAAAAUCUUUACAGAUAGUUAAUACCUGUGUGGUUAAUCCAACAAGAUUCAAUAAAAUAUUAAUUAUAAA